AUGUUUUUCUCUCGCUUGAUCUCGUCGUGUGUUUCAAAGCAUGAGACCAUCAAGUUUUAUCUAUUCUUCAUGUUGUUGAUACUUGUUUUCGCAUGGUUCAAUCCUACUCAAGAGAUCCAUGCUCAACAACGACAACUACCUCUCAUCAAAACCGCGUCAACUUCUUCUGGCUCAACACCUCUUUACUUGACCAAUUUACCAGCAACAAUGAUUGGAAUGAAUGUCACCGCGUUAUGCGUUCACAAUAACACUCUCCUUUUGACAGAUAUCAACAAGGAUUUACAAGGCGUUCGAGCGAUUGUCAAUGGACUGGUACAACCCUUUACAACCUCCUACGAAACUGUAUCCAGUGAAGUUUCAUCCUAUCUUCAGUAUGGAAUGUAUUGCAUGCCUACGGACGCUUCUUACAUUUAUCGAUCAGAUCCUGAUACCAAAGAAAUUAGAAGAUAUUCAUCGAAAGGUGGUUCAUCCAUUGUUUUGGCCUCUGAAGUUCAUGGAUUGAAAGCCCCUAUGGGUAUCGCUUAUUUGAGUGGAGGUUUAAUCAUUGCAGAUCAGAAGGCUCAUGUCAUUUGGAGGUUUGAUCUUUCCACAUUGGUGUUAACAAGAAUUGCAGGAUCAGCCAUGGUAUUUGGAUUCAAUGGAGAUUUUGGUCCAGCGUUAAAUUCCUUACUCCAUUCACCGCAAAGUGUCGCUGUGACCUAUUCACUGACGGAUCUUCUUGUGGCAGAUUCAGGAAAUCAUCGUUUACGUAAAAUUAACCUCAGUAGUGGAAAUAUUACCACCGUUGCUGGUAAUGGCACCUACGGAUUUGGUGGAGAUGGUGGAUUAGCUGUGAAUGCUCUCUUUAGAAAUCCAUCUUCGGUAACAGUUUGUCCAUGUGGAAGAAUUUUUAUUGCAGAUCGAGAGAAUCAUCGAAUUCGAGUCAUUGCUACCAAUGGAGUUAUUUCAACCUAUGCAGGAAAUGGAAUUGCUGGAUUCAAUGGAGAUGAUGGCCCAGCAACAAGUGCUUCCCUGAAUUACCCAACGACCAUACACUACGAUGGAGUGAAUGGAGUGUUGUACAUGGUCGACCAAGGUAAUUAUCGAGUGAGAAAAGUCAUGGAUUCCACACGAAUGAUUUCUACGAUUGCUGGAAAUGGUCUUGGAAGACACUACGGAGAAGGAUUAUCACCACUCAAUAUUCAAUUCAAUCAACCUCAAGGAAUUGCCAUCUCAUCCACUUCAAACAAUGGUGAAAUAAUCAUUUCAGACACGUUCAAUCAACGAAUUAGAAAAUAUGGAAUGAGUGGAAAUCCAAUGACGACACUCACUGUGGCUGGAACAUCAACUGCAGGCUAUAAUGGAGAUUCCAUUCUUGCAAUGAAUGCGAACUUGAACGGACCAAGAUAUGUAGCGGUUGAUCCUAAUAAUGGAGAUUUGAUUGUUGCAGAUUCCUUAAAUCACAGAAUUCGUCCAGUAUCCAAAGUGUCAGGUGUCAUCACUACGAUAGCAGGAGUAAGCGGACAAGCAGGGUUUGCUGGAGAUGGAGGAUUGGCUAAUUCUACAAAUUGCAGACUUGCUUUUCCAAUAGCAGUUGCAGUGAAUUCAAAGAGUGAAACAUUCAUUUCUGAUUAUGGUAAUAAUCGUGUGAGAAAAAUUGAUGAACGUGGAAUUAUUACAACCAUCGAUGCUGCUCUUGAUGGACCAAAAGGUCUUGCCGUCACUUCCAACGAUGAUCUCAUUAUUGCAGACACUUUAAACCAUAGAAUUAAGCGUGUGACUAAAGCAGGCCUUGUUAGCAUUGUGGCUGGAAAUGGAACUGCUGGAUAUGUUGGUGAGGGAAGUUCUAUUAAGGGAGUAGAUGCUGCUGUUGCGUUAUUCGAUACUCCCGUUGAUGUUGCUGUUGCUUCCAACGACGAUAUUUUAGUGGCUGAUCAGGGAAAUGGAUUGAUCAGAAGAAUUUCGUCAUUCCAAACUGUGUACGACGUUUUCGGUCAGUGUCCUACUUGUGGAGCAAAUUGCAGUGUUUCCUCUCCUAAACUGAAUAAUCUGAAAGCAGUGAAGUAUUUCAAUGGAAAGAUAUUCUAUUUGGAUGAGAAUACUGUUUACAAGCUUGACAUCACAUGUCCAACGUAUUAUGGUCUAGAUUUGACAGGAACAUUUUGUCGACCUUUGGUGUGUCAAAAUUUGUUUGCAACGGAUACAGCCAAUGUUUGCAGUGGAAAUGGACAGUGUAUUGCAGAUAAUGUAUGUUCUUGCAACAAUGGAUUCUUUGGUCAGAAAUGUGAAUUGAAAUUGUGUCAAGGAGUUCCCAUACCUUUUAAAACCACUUGUCAAAUCACAACUCCAGUAGAAACACGAACGGAAACCAUUCCUGUCACAAAUCUCAACUCAAAGAACGUUUCUUUCAGUACAGCUCCAAACGUUCAAGUUAGUUUUCCUUCCAACUUUGUGUCACAGCUCUCUUCCUCAUUGAAAAAUACCACGGAACAAGUCGAAGUGGUUUCCUCAGUGUUUACACCAAAUUCAGAAGUUGGAAAUGUUGGCCAUGCUGUCACACUUUCACUCUAUGAUAAGACAGAUGGUUCUCAAAUAUAUGUUCAAAAAUUAAGCACUCCGAUUGACAUUUACUUUUACAAUUUAACGCUGCAAUCGAAUGACAUUUCAUUGUUCAACUUUUCAUGCAUGUACUUGGAAGAAACGAGUUUAACUUGGAAAUCUGAUGGAAUUGAAAGUGUCAUUCUUUCACAACGCAAUGAUUCUAUCAGGAUUAGUUUUUCAAUUAUUUGCAGAACUUCACAUUUAACAUCUUUUGCGGUCAUUGAUUUCAAUUACAAAAAAGCAUCAUCUGGCAAUGACAAGAAGGUUGAAUUACCCACUGAUACUGCAACCAUUAUUGGACUUGCUGUUGGAAUUGGUGGAGGAGGACUGUUAAUUUUGUUGGUCCUUUCCAUGAUUGCAGUCAUUACAUGUAUUUGUUGUUAUCAAAAAAGAGUGAGGCAGGAAAUUAGGAAGAUUGAUUGUCAAACUUCAAAAAAAUAG